AUGAAUAUCCGCUGCGCUAAACCGGAGGAUCUUAUGAACAUGCAGCAUUGCAAUCUGCUCUGCUUGCCGGAAAACUAUCAGAUGAAGUAUUACUUCUACCAUGGGCUGACGUGGCCCCAGUUGAGCUACGUAGCCGAAGAUGAGAAGGGAAACAUUGUCGGCUACGUGCUAGCCAAGAUGGAGGAACCGGAACCCGGUGAGGAAAGCACCCACGGUCACAUCACCUCGUUGGCCGUGAAGCGGUCCUACCGAAGGCUGGGCCUGGCUCAGAAAUUGAUGAACCAAGCGUCCCAGGCGAUGGUCGAAUGUUUCAAUGCCCAGUACGUCUCGCUGCAUGUACGCAAAUCCAACCGAGCUGCCCUGAAUCUUUACACAAACUCGCUCGGGUUCCGAAUUCUGGAAAUCGAACCCAAAUAUUACGCCGACGGGGAAGAUGCCUACUCGAUGCGGCGCGAUUUGUCGGAGCUGGCCAAAUUGUUCGUCCACGAGCGGGAAGCUCCACCCUGCAACGAUAACCACGAUCAUGUCAUUACCAACCACAAAUCCGGCGGUGGCCAUGCUGGUCAUGAUGGGCACUGCUGCUAAGAGGGGAUCUUCGAUUGUAAGUAGACUAUUUUCAGUGUAAUUCAAGGGAUCAUCCGCAAAAAAAAACAAAUUAACAUCAUCAAAAUCGAGAUCGAGAGAUCGAGCUACAGCUCUUGAAUGUGGAUUGUUUUUCGCUGAAAUCGGAGUGUGAAUAAUACAUGGAAAAUUUUGACUUUUCAAA